AUGAGGUGCUUGGGGUACGUAGUGGCGGCGCUAGCGGCGGCGGCGGCGGCGUCGCCGACCGUGCUGCCCGACCCGGGGGAGCUGGCGUACGCACUCGACGCCGAUCAAUGGGAUGCUUACCAAGACGCUUGGCUCGCCAAUCAGUAUCUCAAAAGAAAUGUAAACGCUACCGCCGCUACGCGUACUAACUCUGGGUGUGCUCUAAGAGUGAACGGCGACCUGGGGCAACCUCAGCCGGUGUACCUGCGCGGCGAGCAGUUCGUGGAGGCCACGGGGACCACGGGGCAGGUGCAUCUCCGCGAGGGAGAGGAGCUCCUCAUUGCUUGUACCGGCUCUGGCAGGACCAUCGUGCACCCCAACCUUUUGGCUGUAAACCAAGAAGCCCGAGUGUCCUGUGUGCGCGACAACAUAGUCUCCGGCGUGGGGUGGCUGAGCGAGGACAGCGAGUUCGUCGGCCUCACGUGCUCCUCCAACAGCCAGUACCUGGCCCACGCCACCGACCAGCGGUGCUAUGGCGACAACCUCGUUGUCGAGAUAGGUUUCGAAGUGUCCGGUGUCUGGCGGCCUCUGCUGUGGUCCUGCUUCGACCAGAACCGACUGGAAGUGCUGUACGUGUGGUACGAGCAGAAGCCCCAGAAUGGGGAGCACCAAACAGGAGUAACGCGCCCCGGCUGGUUAGUGGGUGGAAUGUACCCCGGUGUCUCGGGCGGCAUUAAUCUCCACUACACGCAGGCCCAGCAAAUAGCCACCAUCGCGCAGCUGGUCGGGCAGGAGCUGGCCGAGAAGUACAUCAGCGUGAACCGCGUUUACCUGGCGCGGGGACACCUGGCGGCCAAGACCGACUACGUGUUCGCCACGGGACAGAGGGCUACGUUCUUCUUCGUCAACGCCGCGCCGCAGUGGCAGCCGUUCAACAAUGGAAACUGGGACUGGCUUGAACAGAACGCCCGUGCGCGCAUCGCCGAGGCCGGGUACAACACGACCGUGUACACGGGCACGUUCGGCGUGGGCGUGGUGCGCGACGCCAACAACAACCACCACGAGCUCUAUCUGUACACAGACGCCAACAACAACAAGCAGCUGCCCGUGCCCCGGUACUUUUACAAGGUGUUCUACGAGCCAUCAUUGCGCCGAGGCACAGCUUUCAUCGGCAUCAAUGACAUAUUCGCGUCCGAGGAAGAGGUUCGCGCGUGGACGUUCUGCGCCGACCGCUGCCGCAACAACCCCGACUUCGCCUGGCUGCGCUGGCAGCCCGACCGCAUCGACAUCGGCUACAGCUUCUGCUGCGACGUCGACGACUUCCGCCGGACCGUGCCCCAUCUGCCGCCCUUCCAAGUCGAUGGUCUUUUGUUUUAAACAGCGGCUGUCAAAGAGUU